AUGGAUCGUGAGUAUAUGGAGAAGAUCAACCAUUACUGUCAAAUACGUAAAUGCAAACUGCUUUAUGACAACAUCAGUAUGACUGGACCAUCUCAUGAUCCUAAGUUCACAGUUGUGGUCAAAAUAAACGAUGAAAAGUACGGUGAAGGUGUUGGUAAAAGUAAGAAAGAAGCAAAAGCAGUAGCAGCAAAAAACACAUGGGAAAUGAUUAAGGCACAGUCAGAGAGUCCUUCAAAUGCACAAGUUGCAGAAUUAAUGACAACUCAACCAACCGUAUUACCUGAACCAGACGGAGACUAUGUCAGCCUACUAAAUAUUUUCUCACAAAGGAAGUCAAAAAUAGUUGAUUAUCCUAACAAAAGUACUGGAGAAGCCCAUGCUCCCAUUUUUUUUUGUAACUGUACAAUUAAUGGUCAUCUGUAUGGAAGUGGUACUGGACCUACUCUAGCUGUUGCAAAACAAGCUGCUGCAAAAGAAGCGUACGAGAAGGUGAAAAGUGAAGAAUCUAAUGGCAAUUCUACAUUUAGUAAAGAUAUCAAUUCCUCUCAAGUGCCAACUCAGUCUGACAGGAACAGCACUUUGUCUGACAACCCAGCUGCAAAGUUGGUAGAAAAAAUGAAACACAUGGCAGUAUGUGAAACACCUUCACCUUCUAAGAGAAAUGCACCGAGUUCUGCUGUGAAACCUGGAAGAAAAUUGGCAAUUAAUUUUGCUAGCAAGGAAGAGAAAAGAAAGAUGUUGGAUUCAGAUGAAAGUUUGCCACAUGUGGACACAGAUACCAGAGAAGAUAAUGGAAGUCCGUACACUGUCGAAAAAACAUUUCUUGUUAAUUUCAAAAAUAUAGAACCUAUUGGUGAAGGUGGUUUUGGGAAUGUUUUCAAGGCAACGUCAAAGUGCGAUGAGACAACCUAUGCAAUCAAACGAGUUGAAUUCACGAAGAAUGUAAAGCGUGAAGCAGAAGGACUUGCAAGACUCACACAUGAAAACAUAGUGCGGUAUCACUGCAGUUGGAAAGGGUAUGACCAUAUGACUUCUCCAGACUUGAGCCAGAAUUCAGACGAACUAGUUCAUUGUCUUUUCAUCCAAAUGGAAUUAUGUGAACAAGGAACAUUGGACGACUGGAUUGCAGAGAAUGGAAAAGACCGAAAGUAUCAUGAAAUGGCACAAACCAAAUUUUUACAAAUACUGAAAGGAGUGGAAUAUAUUCAUUCUAAAGGGUUAAUUCAUCGAGACCUCAAG